GGGUAACAACAAGUACCAUCUUUUAACGUCUUUUGGCAUGACGCGACCGAGGAUCGAACCCCGGACCUUCCGCUCUCCGGGCGGAUACUCUACCACAAGACCAGGGAGGCGGUCAAUGAAAUGUAGAUGUUAAUACCAUGUAUACGGGACUCUUAAUAUUACUCAUGAAUAUUCAUGACGAGAUUCAAAACGAGGCGGACUGUCCAAAAUAUACCGGAAGUGAUGCAGUCGAAAUGGCGCGCUCUUCGGAAGAAACAACCACCGAUCUUCGAUGUGUUCCACAACUUACACUUGCGUAUGUCGAGAAGUAUGUGGUCGAUAAUUGCAGAAGUUCGGGGGAAGAGAACCUGGACAAAGGAUUUAUGUACUAUAGCGAAGGAUAUGUACAUCGCAUACGCACAUCAAAGUUUGAUGAUGGCUGCCGAGUAUCAGCAAGGUGUUACCAUUUACAGAGGAGGAAUGAGCCUGCACACACUAUCGAGUUCAGCUUCAAGGAAGCUUGUGUUGUCCUGGGUACACUCAGGUGAUUCCUCCCUUAGAGGGCCUGUUCCAGAGGUGAAAUGUUACUUCUGGAAAGAAAUAAACAUUUUAUGGCCGUAAUGGAAAUUAAUCUCAGGCAAUUUUGACUCACAUUGAGCGAAACAUGAAUAUUUUAUGCUCAUAAAGCAUGUGAACUUUGGUAAUGAAACACCAUUGAAAAUUAAACAUCAGACAGGAAACAGGAUAUACUAUGCAUUGAUGAGAUACAUCAAUAACAACGAAUAAACAACACAUACCCAUGUACUUCAACUUCAGCAAGCACUUUCCUUGCAUGGGCAGAUGGCGGUGCUGCUCUACGUCUUGGCGGCUUCCUCUGUGAACCAGGCUGGGUCCAAGCAAAGACUGAAGGGACAGAACCUAAAAACAUUAAAUAUCAUGUGGGAAGCUAACCAUGCUCUUAAAAUAGAUGUUGAGACCAUAUAUGUACUGCUGAUCACAAAAUUAUACAAUUCAAGAAGAUUUGGUUUUAAUACAUAACAUCACUGACAUGUGUACUCAAUAAUAUCUCAAUCACAUACCUGGUUGACUAACGGGAUCGGGUGGUCAGGCUCGCUGACUU